AUAGGGCCUCCAAGGGCAGAUCCACAAUUCCCUGGUGUACGUACGAUGAGCCGUCGGAUAGGUCAGAUUGCAAAGUUUGAGGCCCACAUACUUGGCUGUCCUCAACCACUGUACACGUGGACACACGGAGAUUCGUCUUAUUACACGGACACAAGAAAUGGAUCUUACACAGCAAAAACGGUUUAUGUUUCCUCAUUCAAGGACUUUGGUGUAUACGAGCUUGAAAUUGAAAACAACGCUGGGAUCUAUCGAACUUAUUUUACCUUAUUGGCUGACGGGCCACCUGAUCCGCCGAGUAAUUUUACUGUUUAUGGAGUGACCACUUCAGAUGCCAUGCUCAGCUGGAAAACUGGAUAUGACUACAACAAAACACAGACUUAUAAGUGA